AUGUUAACCUGGCUGAAACAUCUGUUCACUCUAAAGGCUAAAACAUCACCAGCUAAGGCUGAAACUCCUCAGCAUAUCGAGCAGCUAAAGCGCAAAGAUAAAUCGCAUAUCCGAACACAUAACAAGCGAGUCCUAGAACGCGAGCGCGAUCUGCGCCGCAACUACACGGGCCAGAAGGGCGAGUAG